AGUUGCGUAUCUUUUUAGUAAUGGACUGCUUGCGGCUGCAAUCGCCUCAACAUUUUAGUGUGACAACGAUUUUCAGCGACUUUUAACGUUUCGGUUCCUCGUUUCGAUGACUUAGUGCUAGGGUAGUCCAAAUAUCAUUCAAAAUGUUGAUGCAGAAUUCCGUUACCAAACGUAAAACGUUGAUAUUCGCCUUUUUUGGCAUCGCGUUGGGACUAUGCAUUGGCACGGUUCUCAAAAACUAUCGCGCGCUGGAGAUCGUUAAACGGUGCAGCAUGAAGCCAAGCGGGCAACAAAGCCCAUUCGAAAUCAUCCGUAUGAAUCCUGAAGAAGAAACAAUAAAAACCUCACAGAGGAAUCUUGUAUUCGUCGGCGUAAUGACAGCACAGAAUUUUAUCGAGGGACGUGCACGUGCAGUUUAUGAUACAUGGGGGAAGGAGGUGCCUGGUAGAAUAGCCUUCUUUAGUUCAGAAGGUUCUCACUCCAACGAAUUGCCAGUAAUAGGUUUGAAGAACGUAGACGAUCGUUAUCCACCGCAGAAGAAAUCAUUCAUGAUGCUCUAUUACAUGUAUGAACACUAUAUUGACAAGUUUGAAUGGUUCAUACGAGCCGAUGACGAUGUAUACAUUGAACCGGAGAAACUCGAACGCUUUCUACGCUCGAUCGACAGUUCUAAGCCACAGUUUAUAGGUCAAGCCGGCAAGGGCAAUAGUGAGGAAUUUGGCUUAUUAUCAUUGGAGUUUGAUGAAAAUUUUUGUAUGGGUGGUCCGGGUGUAAUACUUAGUAGCGAAACCCUACGCAGAGUUGCUCCGCAUAUACCAACUUGCUUGAAGAACCUUUACAGUACACAUGAAGAUGUAGAAGUCGGACGUUGUGUACAAAAAUUUGCUGGCAUCCCAUGCACCUGGAAUUACGAGAUGCAAUAUAUCAUGAGACACAAUUCAAGCGGACCGUAUGCAUUCACUGGUAAACUAAAGCGCAAAGAAAUCCACAAUGCUAUCUCUCUCCAUCCGAUCAAACAGGCUCCGUUAAUGUAUCGACUCCAUUCAUUCGUGCAGGGCCUUAAGGCAGAGGAAAUCCGACAGGAAUCUCUCGAACUGCAUCGGGAUAUUAAGCGGAUGGCGGGUUUUUUGGAGAUACCCAGCGACAGCAAGUAUUUGGUACCCGGUAUCGAAUUAAUACCUGAAGAAACAAAUAGCGAUCAACAUUAUGAAGAUCACAACAUUCUAGGCAUUACUCCGGAUUUGAAGAAAUUCACACCCUCUUCGACAUCCGACCUUCUCGAAUGGGCUUUUAUUGCAAGAAGCCUCUAUUCUAGUGAAAAUGCGAAUCCCAAACACAAAAUCGACUCAGCACUCCGGGAGGGACUCGAAGACGCCAUCACAGAAGUAAUGGAGAACAUAAACAAUUAUUCACGACAAAGGGGACGAGUUAUAGAGUUUCGUGAACUGCUUUACGGCUAUAAUAGGGUAAAUCCAUUGCACGGUCAAGAUUUAAUAUUGGACCUCUUACUGAUCUAUAAGCGAUACCGUGGCAAAAAAAUGACUGUACCAGUGCGUCGUCAUUUAUACGUUCAGCGCGCAUUUACCGGUACAUUUGUAAAGGAAUUCAACGAAGACUUUUACAAUGUUACAGUUCAAAAAAGCUAUUUGAAAAACAUGCUGAGCUCCGGCAUGAGAAGAAUAUCGAAACACUUUACCCUUCCUGGUUUGCCUGCUGGCAUCGCUGCCGAUACUUCAAAAAUCGUCUUUGUAUUGCCAAUAGCUGGACGUUUUGCCACAUUCCAGCGAUUCUUAGAUACUUACGAACGUGUAGCUAUAAAACAGGAUAAAAAUUGUGAUUUACUAGUGGUUAUAUUCGGAGAUAUUACAAGCGUUCAAGGUCACUUGCAACUUUUAUUGGAACUACGUCAACGGCACAUUUACCAACACAUUAACUAUAUACAACGGAACGAAGAAUUUUCGCGGGGUGUGGCAUUGGAUGUGGCUGCACGUUCAUCGUAUAUACAGGAUAAUGACAUAAUGCUAUUCAUCGAUGUUGAUAUGGUUUUUCAAUUGGAAACAUUGCAUCGUAUACGAUUCAACACAGUCCAAGGGCGGUAUGUAUAUUUACCGAUCGUAUUCAGCCAAUAUGACCCCAAGAGGCGUUGGAGAGAUGAAAAUGUUGAAUAUGCUCAUACACCGGCUGAUGAGAUUACCAAUGAAUCGGGGUACUUCCGACAAUUUGGUUACGGCAUAUGCGCCAUAUACAAAUCAGAUAUACUUGAUGAUGAUAUAAACGGUUUUGAUAAGGAUAUAACAGGAUGGGGAUUAGAAGAUGUAAAAUUCUUAGACAAAAUCGUUAAGGUUGGUAACCGGCGAAACGAUUUUCUGGUUAAUACUGCCGAAGUGUCAGCCCAGUACAAUGAUGCCGCACGCAAAAUGAGGCAUCUUAGUAUAUUCCGUGCGCCAGAUCCGACAUUGGUACAUAUAUUCCACGAUAUUAGUUGUGAUAUUAAGCUCGAUGCUUCACAAUAUAACAUGUGUUUAGGAACGAAAGCGAAUUCCAUUGGUAGUACCCAUUUUAUGGAACAAUUAUUUCAUGGUAAUAAAGAUAACAUAAAUUUCAUAUCCGAAUUCAAUCAAAGAAAAGAGCAGAGAUGAGAUAUAAUAGAUACCAAAAUCAAUGAUGUUUAUAACAUUUUUGUGCAUACUAAACAAACCUUAAUGUGUUAGAAUAUUCAGGAACUAAGGCACGCCAAUAUGUUAUACAGAUGUAAGAGCGAUACAUACAUAUGUAUGUAUGUUUGUAGUUGUAAACUGUAGCUAUAAGACGAACCUGUAAAAUUCUUUGCAUAGGACCAGUAUACUUACUUAUAUUUGGAGAUAAGUAUCUACAUUAUGGUAUUCUUCCAACAGUGUUUGUACGCAAAUAAUUAUAAGUAUUUUAUAUAUUUAAGAAUAUAGUUUUUCUUGCAUUAGGUAUGUACAAAACCGGGGUUAUUAAAUAUAUAUUUAUAUCAAUUUUACACAAAA